AGCUUGUUGACGAUAAGGUCGAAGGUGUAGUAUUGCUUGGAAUAUUAUUCGAAGGAGCCCGUGUAUGAACAAAUUGAACAUUACCUUCCCUAUCUGAAUUUCGAAUAUCAAAAUCCACUUCAUUCAGUUCAUUGUCUUUACGAGGUUCUCCUUGGUCAGUGCCUCCAGUAGCUGCAGUGCCUUGUACUUCGCUUUCCACUUCAAUUGGCGCCAUAUUUAAUAAUUGUUCUGACUCUUUCUCAACGUUUGUAUCGCACGAUGUCGAUGACGAUGUUCUUGCAUUUUCGUUCUUUGUGAAGAAAUCCGAUACCUUUUUGCAUUUACUCGCUUCUUGUUUUAACAGUUUUUCAAUAUUCGCUUUUCUUUUAUUUGCAUACGGCAUUUUUAAUACUAAUAGUACAAACAAAGGCAAGCAAUUUGCAUGUAAAUUUUGAUGUAAAUUAUGUUUUUGAAAUUCCCAACUAAGCUUCCCGAAUAUCCCGAGAUUUCCCCCAAAAUCCCAAUGUUCCCACUUUCGUUCCCAGUCCCACUUUGAAAAAUAUUUUUUUGCAGAUCGAAAUUUCCUAUUUGACUAUUUUUCUAUUUUUCAUUGUCCAGAAAGGGAAGGCAAAGGAAUAGCAGAGAUUCUGCGAAAGGAAUACUGGAAUAAGGAUUAAUUAUGUUGUCCAAUAUUGACUUUGGGAGUUAUUUUCACACCAAAAAAUAUGAAAAGGGACUUUCUACUGGGGGGGGACAAAAUUGCCGACUGGGGGGGCAGUAAGGGGGGCUGGGGGGGCCAUGUCCCCCCAGUCUUUAUGUUAAAAGAGGCCCUGUACCAAUGAUGUAUUUUCUUGCUUACGUUAUGAGAGCGACCGUUUAAAUUGAUAAUACAGAUCCAAAACCGACAAAUUGUAUUGUAUAAACUCACAGAAACAAGCAAAAUCUUUUUACAAACUUCAAAUUUUUGUAGAUGAUAGUCUUAAUAACUUUUAACAGUAUUUUUGUGAAAAUUUGAUUGUAAAAAUGAGAAAAAAUCGCACUGCACUUUCGUGCGCGAAAAAUUUUGUAUGGUCAAAUAUUUGACUAUUUGGUGAAAGAGAACUUUCUAUCCGAAUAUCAGUUUGGUUUUAGACUAUUUUAUUCUACUGCACUGUUAGAUUGUACAAAUGAAUGGUAUGUCAACAUGGGCCGCCGCCAUUGCAACUUGUAGCUGUUUUCCUUGAUUUAAAGAAAGCAUUCGGUACUGGAAAUUACGAAAUAUUCUUGCGUAAGUUUCAAACGUAUGGCAUUUGGAAAAGAAGCGCUUACGCUAUUACGUUGUUAUCCGACACACCGAACACAAAUAUGUCGGUUAGAAGGAAUGCUUUUAGAUCAGAGAGAAAUAGCCUGUGGCAUUCCUCGGGAGGUAUAAUUAGCCCUCCUCUUCUGUUCAUCGUCUAUAUAAAUGAUUUGCCAAAUUGUCUCAAACACACAACAUCUAGAAUGUUUACAGCUGUGGGUGAAACAUUGGGUGAAAUGGAAAGGAGGUCAAAUGAAGACCUAAUGAUUGUCCGAAAGUGGCUGUCUGCAAAUUUACUUAGUUUUAAUAUUGCGAAAACUGAGUACGUUCUGAUUGGAUUAUGGCAUGGAAUGAAUAAUAUCGAUGCCCAACCUGGAGUUAAAAUCGGCAGCCAGUCAAUCAAAAGAGUGAAACAUGCCAAAGUGCUUGGAGUUCAGGUUGACGAGAAUGUAAAUUGGGGGAAAACAUUUUGAAUUUAUUGCUAGUAAGAUAUCGUCAGCUAUUGGCGCUAUAAGAAAACUUAAGGAAUUUGUUGAUCGAAACACUUUGGUGUUGGUAUAUAUUGCUUUAAUUCAGUUUGAUUACUGUUGCGAAGUUUGGGAUGCACUUGGUAAAUUAGUGAACGCCUUCAAAAACUACAAAACAUGGCGUCUAGAUUGAUCAUGAAUUUCAAAAAUGAAGCGCCGUUCAGUCUAUUUUAACUUGUAAUGCUCUUGGUUGGAUAUCGCUUCACGAACGCAGGGCGCAAAUGAAAGCCGCGAUCAUGUACAAAACGGUCAAUCGUUAGCCCCUCAAAGACUGUGAAAUUUUUCAAAAUUCAAACUCAUUAAAUGAUUACAAUUUAAGGGCUUCUUCGACCAGGCUUUUUAUUCCCAGGUCUCGGACGGAAUUCCACAAAGCGUUUCAGUUACAGUGGGGCUGAAAUAAGAACUUCGGUAUCUUAUUCGUUUUUCGAAAAGCUUUCUUCCUCGACUUUUGUUUUUGCAAAUUAGCUGUCUUGGUUAAAUGUAUUGUUUAGUUAGUAUAUAAGCUAUAGCAUGCAUGUUGGACGUGUUAUAGUGGUAUAUAAAUUUGUGUUUUGUAAUACUCGCAUACCUUCAAGUGUGUGUUGAAAAGAUUAGUGUGUUUAAAUAAAUUUGAUCAUCUUACGCAACUUUGCAUAUAAAAUACUGAUAUCCCAGCCCGUCUGGGUCUGUUUGUUAAACGGCAAUUCCAGGGAUGUAGUUGGGAAUACCCAGUCACACAAACGAAAUGGUAGGCAUGAUAAAUACUGGAUAUUGCAUAUUGGUAUAAAUUAGUGUAUUAUAGAUCAGUUGUUCGUGUUUAUCGUUAUUUUCCCGCUUCCCCUCCCUAAGAAGACAGCUUACUGCCUCAUUCCUGGCACACGGGCUUGCAUUUCCCGUAAAUUUCAGCCUGCGAGGCAAUGGGAGCGGGGCAGCAGUUGGAAUAGAGUAGUAUUUUCGUAAUUAUGGAUACCAUUUGCGUAUUUGGACUGUUAAGUUAACCACAGUUAAAUAAAACCAUGAAAUUGAUUAGAUAUUGAAAGUCUUUAGUAGAUUUAAUUGACAGAGGUUAAUUAACCGUAUAUAGUUAGAUAUCGCAUUUUAGCAAAAUUCGGAGUUAUAACUUGAUCUUAUCUGACUUUAGAUAUCGUAUUUCUGGAAAUAA